UGGUUAGCUAGCUCUCGAAUAGACAGAGAAAGCAAGAGAGAGAAGACUGCUCUUGUUGUAUCAGAUUCAAAACUCUUUUUCACUAGAGAAGCCGAGCAAAGCAAGGAGGGAGGAGGGGCAAAUGUUAAUUUUUCCCGUUGGAGCAACCCUCCCGGAGAAGAGAAGUAGCUCCUACUCAUAGAUAGAUUACUCUAGCCCCACCUCCCUCUCUCUCUCUCUCUCUACAAAACCAGGGGAGAAAGUUCCAGAUCAAAACCCGCAACCGCCAGCAAGGGGUCACCAUCGUCAUUUUCUCUCAGAUCCGAAGCUCAGAGCUAAACCGAACUGCUUGCUUGAUUAGGCGAAGCUGAGCUGAAAGCGUAGAGAGAGAAGGUUCGUGACUCGUGCGGCCGUAGGAUUUUGGGAAGGAAGGAUGGAGAGGAGUACGCCGGUGAGGAAGCCCCACACUUCCACUGCAGAUCUACUCACUUGGUCGGAGACUCCACCUCCCGAGUCUCCGUCGCUCACCUCCGCCGCCAGGUCGCACCAGCCCUCCGAUGGAAUCAGUAAGGUGGUGUUCGGUGGUCAGGUGACUGAUGAAGAAACUGAUAGUCUCAACAAACGGAAACCAUGUUCUGGACACAAGAUGAAGGAAAUGACCGGCAGUGGCAUUUUCUCUGGUAAGGGAGAACAUGAAGAAGACGAAUCUGGAAAUGCAAAUCUUACCCCUAAUGCUAGAACAGGGAUGAGAAUGUAUCAGCAAACUCUUGCUGGAAUCAGUCACAUUUCUUUUGGAGAAGAAGAGAGCGUCUCUCCUAAAAAACCUGCUACCUUGACUGAGGUUGCCAAGCAGCGAGAGCUAAGUGGUACAUUGGAAAGUGAGGCCGAGGCAGAGGCCAGGCUGAAGAAGCAGCUCUCUGAUGCUAAGUGCAAAGAGCUGAGUGGAAAUAACAUUUUUGCACCUCCACCAGAAAUUUUGCCACGCCCUGCAACUGUCCGAGCUUUGGCACUCAAGGAAAGCAUAGAGCUGGGUGAACCUGCUCUGCGGGAUAUGUCAUCGGAAGACAACCUGAAGACAGCAAAGAAAAUUUACGACAAAAAGUUCUCGGAGCUCUCAGGAAACGACAUCUUCAAGGGCGAUGUGCCUCCAUCGUCGGCGGAGAAGCCAAUUAGCAACGCGAAAUUGCGAGAGAUAAGUGGAAACAACAUCUUCGCCGACGGGAAGGCAGAGCAUAGGGAUUACUUUGGUGGAGUCCGGAAGCCUCCUGGCGGGGAGAGCAGCAUUGCCUUGGUCUAACAUGGUGGUUGCUUGCUUUGCUUGGCUUUGUUUCAGUAGGAAGGAGGUCCGUCUAACUGUGUGUUCUUCACUGGUUUACUGUUUAUUUUUUUGGUUCUACUCCUAGUGGUGACCUGUUUAUUAUGACGAUGAUGAUAAUGGUAUUAUUAGUAUGAUUAUUAGUUUAUUACGAUUAUUAUUCGACUUUUUUCUCUAUGGCCUUCUGGGGUUUCGACCAUGUGGGAACAUUGUUUAUUACUUUAUUAUGCUGUAGUGGUGUGGUUUAACAUUGUCAACCAAUAUUCUCGACUCU